AGCGUCCUCUAGGCGUGUGUUAAGAAAAAUAAUGCUUAUGUCGUUUAAUGUGUUUGGCAUUUUCUCUUGUGUUCGCUUCUAUAUUCUGUCCACUUGAUUGAAAAACGAUUAUUUAUUGAAACAUUAUAUUUUGUAUGUAUUAAAUCAUUUUAAAGAUACAAGAUGACAACAGCUGCAAGGCCAACGUUUGAUCCAGCCAGAGGUGGUCAGGGUCGGGGUGAAAAAGAUUUAAGUGCGAUAUCAAAACAAUACAGUAGCAGAGAUUUGCCAUCGCAUACCAAAUUAAAAUAUAGAGAACAUGGACAAGGAACGAUCGAAGAGCUUCGUAGUCGCGAUUUUCGCAAAGAAUUGGAGGAACGUGAUAGAGAAAAAGAUAAAAGUUCUAGUCGACGUAUGAUUGAACCUACCAGAGAACCUGCUCCAACUAAUGCAAAAAGACAAAAAAUGGAUCAAGUUCCAGCAGCUAGCUUGGAUGCGGAUGAUCCUCUUGACGAAGAUGAAUCUGAGUCAGAGAGCGAAGAAGAUGAUACUGCAGCUCUCGUAGCUGAAUUACAAAGGAUUAAAAAAGAAAGGGCAGCUGAGCAAGCUAAAAAGGAAAUGGAAAAGAAACAAGAAGAAGAAAGAAUAAGAAUGGAAAAUAUUCUUUCUGGAAAUCCUUUACUCAAUUAUUCCUCUCAAAGUGGCAGAACAGACAUGAAAGUGAGAAGAAGAUGGGACGACGACGUUGUUUUUAAAAAUUGUGCACGAUCAGAACCAAAAAAAAAACAUGAUGUUUUUAUUAACGAUUCCUUAAGAAGCGAAUUUCAUCGUAAAUUUAUGGAAAAAUAUGUUAAGUAGCGCGGAACAUCUUUUAUAAUAAAUUUAUUGAAUUUUGUGAUAUAUUUGUGUGCAUAUAUUGCGUAUUCGUAAAUAAUAAUUAAAAUUGACAAAAAGGAGAGAAAAUAUAGUUAGUUUACGUGCUAAAAUAUAAGCAUUCUUUUUUACAUGCAUAGAUUAUGUUCAAAGUAAUGAUUUAAAAGAAGAAGCACAAAUAUAAUACUCUGUGUACAUUUAUUUUCAAUGAAUAUUAAUGAAUUACAAAUAAAGUAUGAGAGUCACAAGUU